AUGGAGGCCUCACCAUUCGCCUCUCGAUCUCCCUCUGUGGCUGUCGCAUCUCCCAAUACUCUCAGAUUGAGAGCAGCUGCAGCCAAAAGCUCAUCAGGGGGAGUCAUUGCCUCCAGAGCUUUGUCCAAUACAGAUCAAGAACUCACCGAACAGCUCAAUGACGAUGUCCGACAGAAAUACAUCAAAGACAAGAAGCUUGGAGAAGGCACAUACGCUGUGGUAUACCUGGGGCACCUUCGGGACGACCCAUCAUCUCUUGUGGCUAUCAAAAAGAUCAAGGUCAAUGCCGAAUAUAAAGAUGGGUUGACCAUGGAUGCGAUUCGAGAGGUCAAAUACCUGCAGGAGCUAUCGCACCCUAAUAUCAUCGCCCUCCAUGAUGUGUUCUCUUCCAAAGACCAAAACCUGAGCCUGGUAUUGGAGUUCCUUCCCCGGGGAGACUUGGAGAUGCUUAUCAAGGAUGGAGACAUCCACUACGGAGCGGCCGACGUCAAGGCUUGGAUGGGCAUGUUGGCUCGGGGUGUGUGGUUCUGCCAUGAAAACUUCGUGCUCCAUCGAGACAUCAAGCCUAAUAACCUGUUGAUCGCCUCGGACGGUGAGGUCAAGCUGGCCGAUUUUGGUCUGGCCCGAUCUUUCGCCGAUCCUUAUCUCAACAUGACUCACCAAGUUAUCACUCGCUGGUAUCGGCCACCGGAAUUGCUCUAUGGAGCCCGACAGUACUCGGGUGCGGUGGAUGUGUGGUCCAUGGGCAUGGUGUUUGCGGAAUUAUUGCUGCGGGUUCCUUUCGUGGCCGGUAAUACCGACUUAGACCAGAUCUCCAAGAUCUGUGACGCGUUUGGAACCCCCAGCGAAGAGAAUUGGCCCGGGGUCACACAAUUGCCUAAUUAUAUCCCGACGGAACAGCAGGUACCUGUGCAGGGGCGGGAAUUCUUCCUUCGACAGUUCCCUACGGCUGGACCAAUGGGGGCCGAUCUGUUGAUGUCGAUGUGUGCUCUGGAUCCUCGCAAACGCCAUACAGCCCUUCAGGUGCUACGCCACAACUGGUGGUUUAUUGAUCCUCAACCAACGCGGAAUGAAGAUCUCCCACGAAAAUCCGGGGCGAAGAAGAUGGGGGAAGAUUUAGGACGGCGCGGCGGUGAGGUUGAUGAUGGACCCUUUAAGAAUGCUGCACGGCAAUUAGAUUUUGGGGCGAUGAAAUGA